AUGUCGCUGACCAUUACGCGUCCUUAUCAUUUCGAGGAGUCCGAGUUGACAGUACUGCGCAUUACAAUAUCAAAGCUAUCGUUGGCACUGAGACCAAAAUUUCAUUACAUUAAAAAUGAAACGCCAUUACAAAUUCUAAAGGAGAAAAACGAAACUAGUAUAAGGACACACAUCGCUCUAAGUAUCACUACGAAUAGCAUUAUUUGUGGGUCAAUCCAAAAGACUGGUUAUGUUAGCUGUCAAAAUGCACCGUUAAAUCGACACCCUGUUCAAGUUGUCGGUUCUAAUAUUUUGAAUUUGACUGUUUCACCAAAGAUUUUGAAACGUGAAAAACGAGAUAUUGAGAACAAAGAUAAUAAGCACUUUCUUUACAGUGAAACUCAUUUUGACUUAAAAAACUUCCACAACAGCCCGAUCGUCUUGCAAAAUUCCAAAUCAAAAAAAAAUUUCCAAACCAACAAAAUCACGAAGGAAUCAAUCGCCUAA